AAACAUUAUUUACUUAACAAUAGACUAUGUACUUAAUGGAAAUGCUAGUUAUUGUUUGGCACAUUGUCCGUUUCCAACAUUUCUACAUUUGUAACUAUGAUAAAGUAUUUCAAAGAACACAAAUAAUGGAACGUAAUUUCUUUUUUUUUAGUAUUAAUUAAGUAACAAAUAGUUCAAACCCGCAACCUAUUACAUACCUAUGACUAAGUCUCAUUGCGAAAACUAUUCAACCGAACGUAACGUUAAAUAACUGUCAUUUAUCUCUUCUAUUACCAACAAGAUAACAAUGCAUACUUUCAGUAACCGUCUAUCAACACGUACUUAAUAUCAGAAAGGAGGUUUUACUUAAGGCUUACAUAAAUAUAGAUAGUAUAUAUAACGAUAACCACGUAUAUAAUAAUAGAUGUCAAAAGCACCUCCUUAAAUACGCAUAGACUUUUAUUUUUUUCUAUAGUUUGUUCGAUUUUCUUACUGUGGUAAACAUGGGGGGUCAAAAGGUAUUUUGGUCCUCCAUAGCUCUCGUGCUGGUCUCAGCAUGCUACGUUAACGCCUGCUGUGAGAAAGAUCUGUGUGUGCUCGAGGCGCUCAAAGAGAUGAAAGAAUGCAAGAAAUCAGUGCUGGCUUCGAUAUUGAAGCCACUUCUUGCGACUAAAUUAUGCGAUAAAGAUAAGAAGUUAUGCGAGCUCCCGCCGCCGCCCCCGACCAUCAUGCUGAUGCCUGCUGCGCCCCCGCCAUGCGCACCUCCUCCGCCCCCGUGCGCCGCUGCCCUACCUCCGAUUCUGCUGGCUCCAGCACCCGCUCCCCUGGCCCUGCCCCCGCCACCUCCGCCAACACCGUUGUACCUGCCGGCUCCGGCCCCAGCGCCAGUCUGCUUGCCCGCGCCCCCGCCGCCAGCCCCGUGCCUCGCCCCCGCGCCUGCUCCCAUGGUGUUCAUGGCCCCUCCUGCAGCUCCACCACCAGCGCCUCUCCUGCUGCCAGCUCCCGCACCAGCCCCUGUCUACCUCCCCGCUCCCCCAGCAGCGCCGUGUUACCAGGCAGCUCCUCCACCCUUGGCGCCUCCACCCGCGCCUCCAGCUCCAGCCCCUAUUAUGAUCUCGCUGGUCCCCCCCGCACCUCCUGCGCCUCCAUGCUGUCCCCCACCCCCACCUCCCGGCUUCCCCAUGACCGCAUACAUGGUGGCCCCGCCAGUGCCCAUCACUUUGGAACCAAAACCCCUGGAACUACCCCCACCACCUCCACCGUGUUCCUGCGCUUAUAAAUACUAUUAAUUUGUUAAACAAACAAUGUUAGUUUAAUUUUAUUUAUUAAUGUUUAGGUAUAAAUAAAUACACUGGCGCAACAAAUCAGUGGUUUCAAUGUAUGAGUCACAAAGGCGGUUGUUACCGCGGCCGGCUAUUUCCCAGAUACCUGUAAUUUGACGUAACGCCCAAAUUGUAGCGAAUGCAUUUCGUAUGAGGCGGGUACAGUCGAAAUGAUAAACAAACAGAAAUAAACGUCAAGGUAUUUCACUUACACAGCAAAACUUACGUUGUGUUUGACUAAUCGAUUGCAUAUUGUGAGAAACAUUGAACAUUGUAUGUAGCCUUUUUGCAGGGCGAUUACUUAGUGUGUAAGUGCAGUUAUUUAUUUUUGACUAAGAAGUCUUAUAAAAUAGUACUUCAAAAAUUCUUUGACAAUUAUUUAAAAACAGAUUACUUAGUAUAAAAUGUAUAUUUUUGUUCAUUGUAUGAUUUAUAGUAUAAGCCUCUGCCAGGACGAUUCAAAGAUUGGUUGUCGC